AUGACUGGUAGAGGAAAAGGAGGUAAAGGUCUCGGUAAAGGAGGAGCCAAGCGUCAUCGUAAAGUAUUGAGAGAUAACAUUCAGGGAAUCACGAAACCCGCCAUACGUCGUUUGGCUCGUCGUGGUGGUGUGAAACGUAUAUCUGGUUUGAUAUACGAAGAGACUCGUGGUGUUUUGAAAGUUUUCUUGGAAAACGUGAUUCGUGAUGCAGUCACGUACACUGAACACGCCAAGAGAAAAACAGUGACAGCCAUGGACGUCGUAUACGCAUUGAAAAGACAAGGCAGAACCCUCUACGGUUUCGGAGCUAUGAGUUAUAAACAUUUAAACAUUUUAUUAUACAAUCACGGAAAUGUACUUUUGUUUAUAUUUUUAAAUUUUACUUAUUCUAGUAAUGUAUUGAUCUAUUAG